UGGAGCUCGCCGCGUCCCAUUUGUUGUAAAUGUGUGUGGAUGUUUGUGAUAAACGGAACGUUUGUGUGUGUCUUUGGGCUAUUUAAUAAUAUUUUGUAAUUUAUUUUAAAAAGUAUAUUUGUUUUACGACGCACUUUAUACAACUGAAACUGAUUCACAAUGGUUGCAACAAGCACACUUAACAGAAACCCUGAAUGCCUUUCUGAAUUUGCUGAUCAUGGAUAUGACCAGUCUUGUAUCGAUCACGAAAUGGACUUUUGGGAGAGGUGCUUGGCUGCACCCUACCUGGGGGCAGAAGUGUGUGAGGAACAUGCGUGUCAACAGCUUGCCCGGCUGCUGGAAGGCUGUCUGGCAAGAGCCAAGACCAGCAAGCUGCAGUGUGCCCAUGUGCUCGUUCCAGAGACUUUGACCCGACGGGUGGCCCGGGAUGUGCUCAGACUGUCUGCCGGGGAACCUUGUGGGUUGAGGGGCUGCGUUCUGGAUGUCCGCCUGGAGCUAGAGGAGCAGCAAAACCGUUGCGAGAGACUCGAGCGCCUUGCCUGUGACGCAAGCGUGGUGCCAACUUUCGAAUUGACAUUGGUUUUCAAACAGGAUUGUGGUGGUUGGCCAAGUCUGCGUGAGUUUUUACGCAUAGGUAGAUGUUUUCCACCUGGAACACGACGUGCACUUAAACUCCGCCCUGGGUUUCGGCUGAUUAAGAAGAAACUGUACUCCUCUGCGGCUGGAACUGUAAUCGAGGAGUGUUGAAGGGGAGGGCAGGAGGUUUUUAAAGGGACACUUCACUUUUUUUGAAAAUAUACAAAUUUUCCAGCUGCUCUAGAAUUAAAUAUUUGGGUUUAUACCGUUUUGGAAUCCAUUCAGCUGAUUUCCAGGUCUGGCGGUACCACUUUUAACAUAGCUUAGCAUAAUCCAUUGAAUCUGAUUAGACCAUUAGCAUCGUGCUUAAAAUAACCAAAGAGUUUCAUUUAUUUUUCCUUUUUUUUAAAGUUCUGUAGUAAUAAAUGUACUAAGACAGAUGAAAAAUUAAAUAAUUUUCCGUCCUUCUUAGUACACGAUGUAACUACAGAAGAGUCAAGUUUUGAAUAGGAUGCUAAUGGUCUAAUCCGAUUCAAUAAAGUGUGCUAAGCUAUGCUAAAACGUGUACUGCCAGACCCGAAGAUAAGCUGAAUGGGUUCCAAAACGAUAUAAAUAAAAUGUUUUAAUCGAGAGGAGCUGGAAAAUGAGCAUAUUUUCAAAAAAAGUGGAGUGUCCCUUUAAGGGUACAAUGCACUGCAAACUUUAGUAUAAUGAAUGUAACUCUGCUGAGUAGCAGCUCACGUUUUUGUAAGGUUUUUUUACUGUUGAUAUUGAGACGUUUCGGUUUUUCGGGUGACACUGGAACAAAAUUGGGAGUUUGCAUCAUAAUGGGUGUACUGUAGUUUCUGGAAGUAUUAAAGCAAGUGUUGUUCAGAUUAGUGGCCUUUGCUUGGGUAGGUACCAUCCUUGUCCAAGAAGAACACCAUUUUAUGCUCUCAUAAUGGGUACUCAAAAUUUUAAAAUUCCUUAAUCAAAUCCGUUUUCGAAAUUCUCAAUUAUUGCCUUUUGAUGUUCUAGAUGGGGCCAUAUUACUCAAUGUAUUGUGCUUUCUGUAAGCAUCUGUGCUUGUAAACCUUUUUCAAAGGCAUGAAGUCUAAAUUUAAAUGUCAUGGUUUCUAAUGUGUCACUGUUUAAAAAGACAUUAUGGGAAGGUUUUUUUUUUAAACGCCUGUGUUAGUUAAUGCACACUGUUAAUGGUCAUUGCACAAUUGUUCAUCUAGUGUUUUUCCUUUUUAGUGCUUGAAGUUUAUUUUAUCUUUGUCAAUGAAUACACUUGUACAUUUUCCCUGCAGUGCUGUUACGGCAGCUGAGCAUUUUUCUUUACGAAGUUCCUGUUACAGGAAGUUUGAGAGCUUUGUCUUUUUUGACAAUAAACUAUAUUUUCAAAACU